AUGUCUGGAAUUAAUCUCAACCUUUCAGCAAAGAAAUUUGUUCCACGAAAGAAAAAAUUAGAACAACAAAACGCAACUGCUGCUCAAACAACAACCCCUAAUGGGCCAGCUAUUUCUGAAGAUGAAGUUAAACAAGAAAUUGCAAAAAUUGAAACAGAAGAAAAUGAAGUAGUAAAGGAAAGUGCAAAUAUUAUUUUUAUUGGACAUGUAGAUGCUGGUAAAUCAACAACUUCUGGUAAUAUUUUGUUCCAAUCAGGAAAUAUUGAACAACGAAUUAUUGAUAAAUUUGAAAAAGAAGCAAAAGAAAAUCAAAGAGAGUCAUGGUGGUUGGCUUAUAUUAUGGAUCAAAUUGAAGAAGAAAAAUCUAAAGGUAUUACUAUUGAUGUAGGACGUGCUUUAUUUGAAACUGAAAAAAGAAGAUAUACUAUCUUAGAUGCCCCAGGUCAUAGAUCAUUUGUUCCAAAUAUGAUUUCUGCAGCAGCACAAGCUGAUAUUGCUGUAUUAAUUGUUUCAGCAAGAAAAGGAGAGUUUGAAACUGGAUUUGAUAAAGGAGGUCAAACAAGAGAACAUUCCCAAUUAUGUAGAACAGCUGGAGUUAAAACAGUUAUUAUUGCAGUUAAUAAAAUGGAUGAAAAAACUGUUGGAUGGGAAAAAAGUAGAUAUGAUGAAAUUGUCAAUAAAGUUAAACCAUUCUUAAGACAAUGUGGAUUUUCUGAUAUUUAUUCAAUCCCAAUUUCUGGAUUUUCAGGAUUAAACUUAACUAAACGAUUAGACAAAGGAGUUUGUAGUUGGUAUGAUGGACCAUGUUUAGUUGAACUUCUUGAUUCUAUUAAAUUAGUCAUGGGUAAUCCUAAUGGUCCAAUUAGAAUGCCAAUUAUUGAUAAAUUUAAAGAUGGUAAAGGUAAUUCAGUUAUUAUGGGUAAAGUAGAAAGUGGAACAAUUUACAAAGGAUCAAAAUGUGUCGUUAUGCCAAAUAAAGUUGAUUUAGAAGUUACUGGAAUUACUUAUGAUGAAAACUCAGUCCCAGCUUCAAAAGCUAGACCAGGAGAUAAUGUAAGAAUUCAAAUGAAAGGUGACCAAGCUGAUUCAAUUCAAACCGGUUUUGUCUUAUGUUCACCAUCAGACGUUUGUCAUUUUACUAACUUAUUCCAAGCUCAAUUAGUUGUUUUAGAAUUACCACGACCAUUACUUACUCCAGGAUAUGAGGCUGUUAUCCAUAUUCAUACUUCUCAAGAAGAAGUUGUUAUAACUAAAAUUACAGAUCAAUUUGACCGAUCAGGUAAAUUAGCAAAGAAAAAUCCUCCAUUCCUUAGGAGUGGAAGUGUUGGAAAUGUUGUCAUUAAGACUGCUAAACCAAUUUGUAUUGAACCAUAUGAAUUAUUCCCACAAUUAGGAAGAUUUACUUUAAGAGAUGCUGGUAAAACUAUUGCUUUUGGUAAGAUCAUUAGAAUUCAUGGUGGAAAAUAA